AUGGAAUUCAUAAAGGAUCUGGCUGCUUCACUCAGGCGAGCUAGAACGGUCGAACUACCACAAGAUGAGACGUCUGCCUUUUAUAUGUUGAUGUCUAUGGUAAUCGCCAAUCAGUACAGAUCAGUGUCAGAUCUACUAGGUGAUUCUAAAUACAAUGUAAAUUACCACCAUGGAAGGGCCAACAGGAAUCUUCUACACAUAGCCGCCAACUGUGGAUCGUAUGAGUGUUUACACCUACUACUGAAGAGGGGUGCUGAUGUCAACCACAAGGAUAUGUCUGGGUGUACUGCCCUACAUCUGGCUGCCAGGAAUGGCCAGAGAAAAUGCAUCAUGAAACUACUGGAGUACAAAGCAGAUGUGAAUAUUCGAAACAAUGAAGGACUUACCACGAUCCACUGGCUAGCUGUCAAUGGAAGGACAGAACUCCUACAUGAUAUCUUUACUUAUGUCAAAGAUGUGGACGUAGAGGAUGCUCAAGGACAGACUGCUUUACAUGUAGCAUGUCAAAAUGGCCACAAAUCUACUGUGUUGUGUCUACUGGACCAUGGAGCUGAUGUCAACAGACCAAAUCAUUAUGGUUGGAUGCCAUUACACUUUGCAUGCAGUCACGGACAACACGACACAGCAAACAUCUUGUUGAAUAAAGGGGCUAAGUUUGUCCCCAACAGGAGCAAUAAAACUCCAAUGGAUCUCGGUGUGGAGGGGGGCUACAGUGAAACAUGUUAUAUACUACUGCAGUAUAUGCCCAAGUUAUUUGAUCAGCUAAUCAGCAUGGUGAGGAAGGAGACACUCAAGGAAUGCAUGUAUACAAAAGUCCUGUUAUACCUGAUAGAUAAGAACAACAAUAUGACUGACAAGGUGUUGAUCAAGCUGUCAGAAGAAGCCUCAAAUAUAGGCCACAACCUCCUGAGUGUAUCAAGCAAUGUGGAGACCCAAGUGUCGAGUCUGCUGCGAUGUGUGAAGAUCUUGUGUACGUUAUACAAGUCCAUGUCCACUGGCUUUUCAUCACAUCCCUCUUCUGCCAUCAACGGAAUCGCACCCAUGUCACCCAAAACUACUCAAAUCUUCAAGCCACUUGAAAUGCUAUGGCAACUUCUAGAUGACUGGCUGAAUCUACUCAAGAUGGAAUUUGAACGAAAUCCAGAAAACUUUAAAAAAGAAUUGUCUUUUGGUAAUUUGCAUUCCUUGGUCAAAGAAUGUCCAGAUGAUUCUGGAAUUGUAGAUACAGCAGACUCCACAAAGGAAACAAAGACUGUGAAAGAUGUGUCAGUGGAGAAAGAAGGGACGGAGAAAACAGAAGAGAAAAGAACGGAGGAGAAAGAUGAACCAAAAAUUAUGGGAGCAAGUGUAGAAUGGGAGAUAACUCCCACUGAAGGGGAAACAACUCACCACAAGGUAGUAGCUGCAAAGUUCACUCUUGCAGACAUGGAGGAACAGCUUUUAAAACGUCUAAGCCUGGAGCAGGCAGAUCAAGAUGUUGUGGGAGUUACCCUCCCAAGGAUCUGUGGAGUGGUCCAAGCCUUCUACAUGUGCUGCUCCUGUCAAGUUCAACAACAGAUGACAUCACCACGAUUUAUAGAAUUUGUUUGGCGUCAUAACCAUGUGCUGAAGGCCUUAGUUAGCAGAAAUCCUAAAGUGAUAUUUGAUCACUUCCAUUUCCUGCUGGAAUGUCCGGAGUUGAUGUCCCAGUUCCUGUAUAUCAUUAAAGCUCAGCCAUUUGAGACACGGAGGCGCUGGUUUUAUGAGAAUUUGGGCAGCACUCCUGAUGAGAAUGGACUAAUACAUUCCACACUUAAUCAGGAAGACAUACUAGUGGUGGACAGAGAACGGUUGUUCCAUAGCAGCUGCGAGAGGAUGAUGGAAUUGCCAACGGACAAGUUGAAGAAGGCAUUCUCUAUGAGAUUUAAUGGGGAAGAGGGAGUGGGCCGAGGAGUUGUGAGGGAAUGGUUUGAUAUUCUGUCAAAGGAAAUCCUGAAUCCUGAUUAUGCUCUGUUCACCCAGUCUGCUGAUGGUUGUACAUUCCAGCCCAACAGUAACUCAGCCAUCAACCCUGAUCAUCUCAACUACUUUCAAUUCGCUGGCCACAUCCUAGGACUUGCUCUCUACCAUCAACAUCUCCUUAGCAUCUACUUCACACGAUCUUUCUACAAACAUAUCUUAGGUAUUCCUGUAAGCUACAAAGAUGUUGCAUCCAUUGAUCCUGAAUAUGCCAAAAACCUUCAGUGGAUCCUGGACCACAACAUUAGUAACCUUGGCCUUGAUCUCACGUUCUCUGUCGAAACUGAUGUGUUCGGAAAAAUGCAGGAAGUGGAAUUAAAACCUGGAGGUGCAAUGAUUCCAGUCACAGAGGAAAACAAGCAAGAGUACGUCCAACUGGUCACAGAGCUGAGGAUGACCCGAGCAAUACAACCACAGAUAGAGAGCUUCCUGUCUGGCUUUCAUGCCUUCAUACCACAGUCGCUUGUUCAGAUGUUUGAUGAAUAUGAACUGGAGCUGAUGUUGUCUGGGUUACCAGAGAUUUGUGUGGAUGACUGGAAGGCCAACACUGACUAUAAUGGUUACUGUGAGGCAUCGGACAUCAUCAAGUGGUUCUGGGAGGUACUGGAAGACUCCAAUGAACACGAGCGUGUGCAGUUGUUACAAUUUGUCACAGGCAGUUCCCGAGUGCCAUAUGGAGGGUUUUCCAAGUUGACAGGAGGAGGAGGAGCACAGAAAUUCACCAUCAGCAGUACUCCGUACACUUAUCAGAUUCUUCCUACUGCCAGCACCUGUAUCAAUUUGCUCAAGUUACCAGAAUAUCCCAACAAGGAGGAACUUAAGGAAAGGAUAAGAAUUGCCUCAACUUGUGGAAGUCAAGGGUAUACCACAGCUUGA